AUGAUCCCAUGGCAGAGAUUUUGCUGCCUGCACCACCCGUUCUUGAAGAUGAUCCCAUGGCAGAAUUUUUGCUGCCUGCACCACCCGUUCUUGAAGAUGAUCCCAUGGCAGAGAUUUUGCUGCCUGCACCACCCGUUCUUGAAGAUGAUCCCAUGGCAGAAUUUUUGCUGCCUGCACCACCCGUUCUUGAAGAUGAUCCCAUGGCAGAGAUUUUGCUGCCUGCACCACCCGUUCUUGAAGAUGAUCCCAUGGCAGAAUUUUUGCUGCCUGCACCACCCGUUCUUGAAGAUGAUCCCAUGGCAGAAUUUUUGCUGCCUGCACCACCCGUUCUUGAAGAUGAUCCCAUGGCAGAAUUUUUGCUGCCUGCACCACCCGUUCUUGAAGAUGAUCCCAUGGCAGAGAUUUUGCUGCCUGCACCACCCGUUCUUGAAGAUGAUCCCAUGGCAGAAUUUUUGCUGCCUGCACCACCCGUUCUUGAAGAUGAUCCCAUGGCAGAGAUUUUGCUGCCUGCACCACCCGUUCUUGAAGAUGAUCCCAUGGCAGAAUUUUUGCUGCCUGCACCACCCGUUCUUGAAGAUGAUCCCAUGGCAGAAUUUUUGCUGCCUGCACCACCCGUUCUUGAAGAUGAUCCCAUGGCAGAGAUUUUGCUGCCUGCACCACCCGUUCUUGAAGAUGAUCCCAUGGCAGAAUUUUUGCUGCCUGCACCACCCGUUCUUGAAGAUGAUCCCAUGGCAGAAUUUUUGCUGCCUGCACCACCCGUUCUUGAAGAUGAUCCCAUGGCAGAGAUUUUGCUGCCUGCACCACCCGUUCUUGAAGAUGAUCCCAUGGCAGAGAUUUUGCUGCCUGCACCACCCGUUCUUGAAGAUGAUCCCAUGGCAGAAUUUUAUGAUCCCAUGGCAGAAUUUUUGCUGCCUGCACCACCCGUUCUUGAAGAUGAUCCCAUGGCAGAAUUUUUGCUGCCUGCACCACCCGUUCUUGAAGAUGAUCCCAUGGCAGAAUUUUUGCUGCCUGCACCACCCGUUCUUGAAGAUGAUCCCAUGGCAGAAUUUUUGCUGCCUGCACCACCCGUUCUUGAAGAUGAUCCCAUGGCAGAAUUUUGCUGCCUGCACCACCCGUUCUUGAAGAUGAUCCAUGGCAGAAUUUUGCUGCCUGCACCACCCGUUCUUGAAGAUGAUCCCAUUUUUGCUGCCUGCACCACCCUUGAGAUUCCCAUUUUUGCUGCUGCACCACCCAUUCUUGAAGAUGAUUGCUGCAUGCAGAAUGAUCCCAUGGCAGAAUUUUUGCUGCCUGCACCACCCGUUCUUGAAGAUGAUCCCAUGGCAGAGAUUUUGCUGCCUGCACCACCCGUUCUUGAAGAUGAUCCCAUGGCAGAAAUUUUGCUGCCUGCACCACCCGUUCUUGAAGAUGAUCCCAUGGCAGAAUUUUUGCUGCCUGCACCACCCGUUCUUGAAGAUGAUCCCAUGGCAGAAUUUUUGCUGCCUGCCCCACCCGUUCUUGAAGAUGAUCCCAUGGCAGAGAUUUUGCUGCCUGCACCACCCGUUCUUGAAGAUGAUCCCAUGGCAGAGAUUUUGCUGCCUGCACCACCCGUUCUUGAAGAUGAUCCCAUGGCAGAAUUUUUGCUGCCUGCACCACCCGUUCUUGAAGAUGAUCCCAUGGCAGAAUUUUUGCUGCCUGCACCACCCGUUCUUGAAGAUGAUCCCAUGGCAGAAUUUUUGCUGCCUGCACCACCCGUUCUUGAAGAUGAUCCCAUGGCAGAGAUUUUGCUGCCUGCACCACCCGUUCUUGAAGAUGAUCCCAUGGCAGAGAUUUUGCUGCCUGCACCACCCAAGCCGGCGGCGUCGAGACGUCGGAAGUACCUGGAUGAGGAAGUUCCCGGCCCCGAUCGGCCAGAGGAACGUCGGAAGUGUCUCUCGAAGAUCUACGAAAAGCACCGUGCCUUGGCACAGAUCGGAGGAAAAGGGAAACAGGAUGCAUCGGUGCAGACCGAGAACGGCGACGGAGAUGUGACCACUCAGACUGAAUGUGGCGACCAAUUCUUUUUGGGAGACCUGGACGUUGCACGCACCAAUCGUCUUGGACCUGGUGCUACGUACUUGCUUCAAAAGCGGGAGUUCUGUUUGAUCCAGGUGACCAUUGAUGUCCACAAAU